AGAAAAACGACCAACUAGACAGUCCAAUCGACGCCCUGCUCGAAUCCCCCAUUUUCGACCUUAAAAGCGUCGGAGAAAACAUGAAGAAGCAGCUGUUGUUUCUGGUCACCAAUAUUCUGUUCUUCACAUGGAUCGAUCGGUUUUUUUCCGGCUUCAUAUCCGUAAAACUUCCGUUCUCGCUGACACAAGGGUUUAAAGUCAUGUCUCAAAGCGGGCUCAAUCUUCAAGACCUGGACGUGUCCUACGUGAGCUCGCUCUCGUGGUAUAUCCUGGCCACCUCCGGCCUUUCUGGAAUCUUGUCUCUCGCUCUGGGAACCAACAUGACGGAGACCACGGAAUCGGCUAUCCUCGAGAAGGAAAUGACGCUCAGCUCUCCUGUUGGAAUGCAAGAACAGCGGUACAACGCCGCGAGAGAGUGCUUAAACCUUGCGACCAAAAAAUGGGAUUUGGAAGGGACUGAACUGAGAAUACUCAAAUUUCACAACUACGGUUGACACUCUUAAGA